AUGCUGCGUGUGGCAACAAUCUCGUUGUGCGCCGGCGCCCGAGCCAUGUCCUUGAAGGCCGGAGCCCAGGUGCCCAAGUUCGCUGUGACGGCGCACACGGGCGCCGCGGUCUCGUCGGACUCGCUCGCGGGCUCGGCCUACUGUUUGUGGUUCUACCCUAAGGCGGACACGGGUGGGUGAACCGCGGAGGGGCAGGCGUUCACGGCGCUCUGCGACCAAUUUAAAGCCAAGGGCUACGACCUCUACGGCGUGAGCUGCGACGCCGUCGACGCGAACAAGGCCUUCCACGAGAAGUUCGACUUCGCGUUUCCGUUGCUCUCCGACGUCGACAAGUCCAUGACGAAGGCGUUCGGCGUCUGCAAGCCGGCGAAGGACGGCUCGGACCCCUGCGACAAGUCCGCGCGCGUGACGGUCGUCGUCGGCGCCGACGGCACCGUUGUCAAGUGCAUCGACCCGUUCGACGCGCGAGAGGGGCCCGCCGCGCUCCUCGCGGAGCUCUAG